UCCGCGCGCGCUCCCGCGGGAGCCCCCGACACCCGGCGAGCCGGCCCUAAGCGGGGAGUUGCUGCUGCUCGCCCGUCCGCUCCCAGCGCCGGUGCUUCCAGGCCGGACCGGACGGGAACCUCCCGCCCUUCACAGGAACCGCCGCCUCCCGGAGCGUCUGGGAGGAGCCACCUUCACCGACUGCGGAAGAUUCCGGCCCGGGAGGGAUGGGGAGCAGCCUGCGGCACUGAGAGACCCAGGUCCCUGUCACUUCAGGCCGCGGGACGCCCUCCCAGCCAACACCCGCGGCUCGUCCCAGCGCCCGGAGCCUGCUGGGGGCGGUGAGGAAGACGAGAAGGGUCUCUGCCCUGGGGAUAUGGAGCCGCGCGAACCGGGCGCGGGACGGCCCGAGACGCAGCCGAGGCUGCAGCCACGAGCCGCCGGCAGCCCCAGAUAGAGAGCGGGGCAGAGAGGGCCCGGCGGCGGCGGCGGCGGCGACGAGUUUGAGACCCCAGAGGAGGAGCCGACACCCGUCCCUAAUCCGAUCCCUCCCUAGCCCGGAGGGGAUUCCUGGGUCCCCUUCCCCACGGCUCGUGGACUUCCCACGGUGACGAAGUUUUUUCCCUUGUGCCUUCUUGAGGAUUUAUCACUAGCUUUAGAACUCGCCUUCUGGCAGACUUUCUCGGUUUGUUUUGGGAGAGAACUUGUUUUGCUCCAGCCUGUAUCUACUCUUUCCUUGACCCCUUCCAAUCGGAUGUUCUAGAUGACUGAAUGGAGUUUUGAGUUGGACUUUUGUGUCCCUGUCGGAGUUGGGCCUGAUCCCAAAGCAUUGGGGGUGGGGUGGAGGUGUUACUGUAAAAUGCAAGUUGGAUAAACGAAGGACCUCUCGCCAAGGGCCCCAAUGAGUGGCACACAGUCUACUAUCACCGACAGGUUUCCCCUCAAAAAACCUAUAAGGCAUGGAAGUAUUUUGAACCGAGAAUCACCAACAGAUAAGAAACAGAAAGUUGAGCGCAGUACAUCACAUGAUUUUGACCCCACAGAUAGCUCCUCCAAGAAGACAAAGUCUAGUUCAGAGGAGAGUAGAUCCGAGACAUAUGGUCUUGUUCAGCGUUGUGUGAUUAUCCAGAAGGAUGACAAUGGAUUUGGGCUGACGGUCAGUGGAGACAAUCCAGUCUUCGUACAGUCUGUGAAAGAAGAUGGAGCAGCCAUGCGGGCUGGAGUGCAGACAGGUGAUCGAAUCAUCAAGGUGAAUGGAACUCUGGUGACUCAUUCAAACCAUUUGGAGGUGGUGAAGCUAAUCAAAUCUGGUUCCUAUGUAGCACUCACUGUUCAGGGACGCCCACCUGGGUCGCCCCAGAUUCCACUGGCUGAUUCUGAAGUAGAGCCAUCAGUCCUUGGACAUAUGUCUCCCAUCAUGGCAUCCCCUCAUUCACCUGGAGCAUCUGGGAAUAUGGAGAGAAUCACUAGUCCUGUGCUCAUGGGGGAGGAAAACAAUGUGGUUCAUAACCAGAAAGUAGAAAUUCUGAGAAAAAUGCUACAGAAAGAACAGGAGCGGCUACAGUCAUUGCAGGAAGAUUACAAUCGAACACCUACCCAAAGAUUGCUGAAAGAGAUCCAAGAAGCCAAGAAACACAUUCCUCAGCUGCAAGAGCAGUUAUCCAAAGCCACAGGCUCUGCUCAGGAUGGAGCUGUAGUUACACCCUCCAAGCCUUUAGGUGAAGCACUAACAGUCAGUGAGGUAGAAGCAGAUACUGGAGAUGGACUGGGCAGAAUUGACUAUAGCAGUGGAGAUGGUUCUCGGCCUGGUAGUGACAAUGCAGAUAGUCUCCGAAGUGGCCUGAAAGAGAGGAUUUAUCUAGAGGAAAGCCCAGAGAAAAAUGAAGUAAUUCAGGACCUUGACACUCAGUCACUCAUUGGGAGUCCCUCAACCCGUAUAGCACCUCAUAUUAUUGGAGCAGAGGAUGAUGAUUUUGGUACUGAACAUGAACAGAUCAAUGGGCAGUGCAGCUGUUUCCAGAAUAUUGAACUGCUGAAAUCUCGCCCAGCUCAUUUGGCUGUUUUCUUACACCAUGUAGUUUCACAGUUUGACCCUGCAACAUUGCUCUGUUAUCUCUAUUCAGACCUGUAUAAACAGACCAAUUCCAAGGAGACUCGUCGUGUCUUCCUUGAGUUUCACCAGUUCUUUCUGGAUCGAUCUGCACACCUGAAAGUUUCUGUCCCUGAUGAAAUAUCUGUAGAUCUAGAAAAAAGAAGACCAGAGCUUAUUCCUGAGGAUUUACAUCGCCAUUAUAUCCAAACUAUGCAGGAAAGAGUCCAUCCAGAAGUACAGAGGCACUUGGAGGAUUUUCGGCAGAAGCGUAGUAUGGGGUUGACCCUGGCUGAAAGUGAGCUGACUAAACUUGAUGCAGAGAGAGACAAGGACCGGGUAACUUUGGAGAAGGAACGGGCAUGUGCAGAACAGAUCAUUGCCAAAAUUGAAGAAGUUUUGAUGACUGCUCAGGCUGUAGAAGAAGAUAAGAGUUCAACAAUGCAGUAUGUUAUUCUGAUGUACAUGAAACAUUUGGGAGUAAAGGUGAAAGAACCUCGAAAUUUGGAACACAAGCGGGGUCGAAUUGGAUUCCUUCCAAAAAUCAAGCAAAGUAUGAAGAAAGAUAAGGAAAACGAAGAAAAAGGGAAGCGAAGAGGAUUCACCAGCAUCCUGGGACCCCCAAGAAGACCAAGCCGUCAUGACAACAGUGCAAUUGGCAGAGCCAUGGAACUACAGAAGCAGCGCCACCCUAAGCAUUUAUCUACACCCUCGUCAGUGAGUCCUGAACCUCAGGACUCUGCUAAGUUGCGCCAGAGUGGAAUAGCAAAUGAUGGAACAGACAUUGGAUACUUGCCUGCCAAUUCCAUGCCAUCUUUGGCUUCAGGGGCCAUUCUUUCCCAGGAUGGAGGGAAAGAGAAUGAUAUGGGAUCAAAGCAAGUUGGAGAAGCACCAGCAUCUGGAGACUCCUUAGAUAGCACACCUCGUACUCCCAAUACCAUCUUUGAUUUCCCACCUCCUCCAUUAGACCAAGUGCAGGAGGAGGAAUGUGAACUAGAAAGGGUGGCUGAACAUGGGACACCAAAGCCCUUUCGAAAGUUUGACAGCAUAGCUUUUGGAGAAAGUCAAAGUGAGGAUGAACAAUUUGAAAAUGACUUAGAGACAGAUCCACCCAACUGGCAGCAGCUUGUUAGUCGAGAAGUGUUAUUGGGACUAAAACCUUGUGAGAUCAAAAGGCAAGAAGUGAUUAAUGAGUUGUUCUACACUGAAAGAGCUCAUGUUCGAACACUGAAGGUUCUUGAUCAAGUGUUCUAUCAGCGAGUGUCCAGAGAAGGAAUUCUAUCACCUUUAGAACUAAGGAAAAUUUUUUCAAACUUGGAAGAUAUUCUUCAACUUCAUAUUGGAUUGAAUGAGCAAAUGAAGGCUGUUCGAAAGAGGAAUGAGACCUCUGUUAUUGAUCAUAUUGGGGAAGAUUUGCUGACCUGGUUCAGUGGAGCAGGAGAGGAGAAGUUGAAAUAUGCUGCUGCUACCUUUUGCAGUAACCAACCUUUUGCCCUGGAAAUGAUCAAGUCUCGUCAGAAAAAAGAUUCUAGAUUCCAGACUUUUGUGCAAGAUGCAGAGAGUAAUCCACUGUGUCGUCGCCUGCAGCUGAAGGAUAUCAUUCCCACCCAAAUGCAGAGGCUUACUAAGUAUCCUCUUCUAUUGGAUAACAUUGCCAAAUACACAGAAUGGCCAGUGGAAAGGGAGAAGGUGAAGAAAGCUGCAGAUCACUGUCGUCAGAUCUUAAACUAUGUAAAUCAGGCAGUCAAAGAGGCAGAAAACAAGCAGCGCUUAGAAGAUUAUCAGCGUCGCCUUGAUACCUCCAAUCUGAAGCUGUCCGAGUACCCAAAUGUUGAAGAGCUCAGGAAUUUGGAUUUAACAAAAAGGAAGAUGAUUCAUGAAGGGCCAUUGGUUUGGAAGGUGAAUAGAGAUAAAUCUAUUGAUCUAUACACAUUGCUGCUGGAAGAUAUUCUUGUACUGUUACAAAAGCAGGAUGAUAGACUGGUGUUAAGGUGCCAUAGUAAGAUUCUGGCAUCCACAGCUGAUAGCAAACACACGUUUAGCCCUGUCAUUAAGUUGAGUACAGUGUUGGUUCGACAAGUGGCAACAGAUAACAAAGCUUUAUUUGUCAUCUCCAUGUCAGACAAUGGAGCCCAAAUUUAUGAACUGGUAGCACAGACAGUUUCUGAGAAGACUGUCUGGCAGGACCUCAUCUGUCAGAUGGCUGCAUCAGUGAAGGAGCAAUCCACAAAGCCUUGCGAAGGAGACGAUGAAGAAGAGCCUCCAAAAUUAAAAGUGGAACAUCAUGGUAUUUCAGUCACUAGUCUGCCGAGUUCAGACAGAGAUUUGUCAAAACCUCAGACUCAUUCACUGAGUACCUCUGGGAAAUUGGAAGUAGAUGAUCUCUUUGUGGCUGAAAGACACUUUGCAAAGGAGCAGCAUGCAGAUGGGACUCUACAGGAAGUUGGAGUAAACUAUCAAAUCACAAUCCCAGAUCCACACUUUCCUGUCACAGAAGAACGAUGGGCAUUGGAUGCACUAAGGAAUUUGGGCUUGUUAAAGCAGUUGCUGGUACAACAGCUAGGUUUGACUGAGAAGAGCACUCAGGAAGACUGGCAACAUUUCCCAAGAUAUAGGACAGCCUCUCAGAGGGUACAGGCAGACAGUGGAAUCCAGAACUCUGAAAAUAUUAAAGCCUUUCAUCCUGGGGAAGGACAGAUGCCCUUUAGAACUGGAACUGGUGACUUUUCAGCUUGUUGCAGUCCAAGGACUUCAACUGAAUCUUCUGCUCCACAAGAUUCAGUGGUACUGGCAUCCCAAGAUAGCCAGGCAAGUAACAUUUUAGUAAUGGACCACAUGAUUAUGACCCCAGAGAUGCCUGCUACAGAGCCAGAAGGGGUUCUUGAUGAGAGUGGAGAGCACUUUUUUGAUGCCCAUGAAGCACAUAGUGAUGAUAAUCCAUCAGAAGGUGAUGGAGCAGUUAAAAAAGAAGAGAAGGAUGUUAAUUUACACAUCUCAGGAAACUAUUUGAUCCUUGAUGGCUAUGAAACAGUGCAGGAGAGCUCCACAGAUGAGGAGGUUGCUUCCUCACUUGCCCUGCAACCUGUGGCAGGCAUUUCCUCUCUGCAGUCUGCCCACCAGCAGCAGCAGCCUUCUCCCCAGAAUGCUCAUUCUGAUGAGACACACUCACCAUUUACCCCAGAAUGGGGAGCUAUGGAGGAUUCCUGUUUUGAGAUCCAGAGUCCCUCUUCCUAUGCAGAUUCACAAAGCCAGAUCAUGGAGUACAUUCGUAAGAUAGAGGCUGACCUUGAACACUUAAAGAAGGUGGAGGAAAGUUACACCAUUCUUUGCCAAAGGCUGACUGGAUCAGCUCUCACAGACAAGCUCUCAGAUAAAAGUUAGAGCCGUGUAUCCUGGCAGUGACUGAAGGCUAUUGGAUUGUGAGCAUCGGCCUUGUAUCACCAUGUCCUGGCUCCAGUGUGGACGCAGAGAGAGUGUGUGACAGAGGAUCUGCCUGUGACCCACCUGGGGUUAGCCAUGUCCCAGUGUGCCCACAGUGGGACUAGUUCUUCACAGUCUGGCAGCUGCACUAGUCUGUCCGUGAGGGAUUAUGCAUUCUCUCACUCUACUCUCCUCACUAUCAGAAAAUUCACUUUGAUUCAGAAUAAAACCAAAUGUAUAGAGCUUUGGGUGUAGGAUAUGGAAUUGUAUUUAGACUUAAAAAGAGAAAAUCAGAUGUAUUUAUUUGACUUCAUUCCGUAUUUGAAAGCACAUUUUAAUUUUUAUUUUGCCUUGUUUUGUUUUAAUGAGUAGUGAGAGUUUUAGUCCUUUGUAUUUAGUACACCCAAGGAUCAACUGCUCCUGAAACAGAGACUUCAGGAUGGGGUAUUAGGAGGAGGUUGGUUAGAGUGGGGAAGAAGAGGGGGCAGGUGGGGAGGGAGAGGCAUCCUGCUUUCACUAAACUGUAUUCUGUGCUCUCUGUGGUCCAGUAGGCUGCUUCUCUGAGGGUAACCUCAAAGGCAUAGUGCCCUGGGGCCCUUGUGUGCAGAGGACUUGAGCUAUGUGCUGCCCAAGUGGUCAGAGAGAGGGGGCCGUCAUCCCCGCUGCUCCCUGUGAGACAAGCACCUCUUCUCUGUAGCUGGGAUCAACUUCCCAAUUAACAGGAAUCCUGAAUGUACUAAAUAGCCAGGCACUUGAAAAUGGGUGUGUUUUCUUCUGUUGUCUUCUUUUCUAUCGAGGGUUGGGAUUUGGGAGGGAGAGGAAAGCAAAUUUUAUUUUCUUGACUAGAAAUUUGUUAUUCUUGGUAUUGUUUCAUUUUUAUAAUUAUACAUUAGACUUUGGCACUUGUGUAAAAUUGUCCCUGCAGAUUGAGCAGGAAGUAAAAACAAACAAAUGGAAAUGCUUCAGAUGGUGGUAGGGGUGGGGGUUGCUAAGGAAGAGUGGGAUGGAAGCAGGUCAAGAGUUUGUGAAGGUUAUCUGAACUGAGUCACUACUGAGUUGAACCAUGGCUAUCAUUAGCCACGGGUACUGCUGAUUAUAAGGCCAGUAAAAUUUUAGUACCUGGAGGUUUGACUCUUAAUUUUUGCACUGAUGGUGCCAAAGGGGCUCUCUGAGUCAAAAGGAGAGCCACAGGUAGAGUGAACAGAGAGGUGGUGGAGAAGGCACAACUGCUCAGACCAGCUCCAGAAGCACUUCCUCUGACUUCACUGCCAGAGCUCUUUCCACACUGGUGCAUGACUGAUUUUAAAAAUUGCAGACCAGAACAUACACUGGAUACUGCAGGCAAGGUGUUGGUAACUGCCUGCUCUAGAAUGAAUAAUUGUAUUGGCAGCACCCUACAGAGGAUGAAUGUUUCAGAAUUGUAACUUGAGAAUUCCUUCAAUUUUAUCAGCUUUCUAUGUUUUUUUUUUUUUUUUUGUGCAUCAGGUAUAUAUGUUUUGGAGUAUUUUUUUUGCCAAUGUUUUAACCAAAUCAUUUUGACAAAUCUCUAAAUUCUUUUAAUAUACAAGGAGUCCAUCCACUGCUCGUAUUUUUCAUUAGUGCCCUCUCAUCUCUGUGGGUAGUGAGGAUGUAAUUUUUAUUCUGCCCUGCAGUCAAAAAAAAAAAAAAAAAAAAAAGAUUUUUGUCAUCACAAACAGUAGGGAUUCCCAACUACUUUUAUAAACACCACUACAGCUUAACAAGCUCAUCUAUGUCCAGAUUCCUGCUUCUGUCUCUUUGAAACUGAUCUGUAUUUUUAGAUAGAUCAGCUUGGCUCUUUGGACCUAAUCUAUAAAUCAGAAUUAUAUUUUGAGUCAUAGGCCAAGUAUAACUUAAAUAGAAAUGGAAGUGAAAAUUUUAGAAGUAGAAGCUAAUGUAGUGAAGCUUGGAACCUGGAACUUUCUGUAUCUCUUAGGAGAAGCAAGUAGAAACCAAAUGGUUACAUUGUGCUGUUGGAAAUAAUAUAGUCAUUUCCAAUUAAGAGGGUUACUCCUGUAGUCACUUGGCACUACCAGCAUCAGCUGGCAAUAAAUCAGGAGCAAGGUAAAUAUAGUAGAACUUUCAUCUUAACCUCAGACACUACUUAAAUUCUGUAGCACUCAGUUAAGAAGCUUGUAGGUUAAAAUGUUUUGGUUUCUCUUCUAGCUCAGGCAAUAACUUGUCCUUAGCAACUGUUUGCCUUUUGUUUCCUACAGUUUAACCUCUUCUUGAGAACAACAAUAAGGCUAAUUGGAAAAAUACUUUGACCAUAGCUCUAGUACUUCUGAAUAAAUUCAUAUCUGGUUUUUCAAAUGAAGUCCCAAGAUGGAGUUUAAUUCUGGAAAGAUCCCACAAUUUUGAAUGUUCUUUUCAUCUUAUCACCCUGACUUCUUCCCUCCUCCUUCUCAACCUGGACCUCCACCUGUUCCAUUCCAUUGGGCCACAUCCGUUUUACUUUGAAUACUCUGUCUGCCUUUUAGGAUGAUGGAAUUAGGUAUUCAUCCUAUCUUUGAGUGAGACUGAGCACCAUCAAAAUACUUUCCUCAAAGUUACUUUGCUAGAAGUUGGAAUCUACUUCCAUUUACCAAGGACACAAGGGUGGUGGAUAAAGCAGCCUUCCCCCGAGCAAGAGAGCUGGUCUUUAGCUGUUGAAGUGGCCUGCUGGGACAUGGUGCUCCUGUGGGCUUAAUGGCACCUUGGCUAUUAAGUGGCACAUUACAUUUGGAGUGUCUGCUUCUUCUUCAGAGAACAGUUAAGGCAAAUCAGCAAACGCCAAAGUGGUAUAAUUUAAAAUCAUGGUUAGUGCCCGAGAAGCCAUAUAUUUUACAUACUUUAAAAUUGGCUAAUUUGUACUUCUUGAGUUCUCUCUUGGCUUUUAGAAGCUAAAAUGUAACUUUGUAUUAUAUGAUAAUGCAUGGGAGGUAUAUUUCUUAAGCUUUUUAGCUUUCUCUUCCCCGAAAAACUUGGACUGUUAAAAAAGAAUGAAUCCCCUUUGAAAAGGUUUUUAUUAUUGUUGUUUAUUUGUUUUGUUUUGUUUUGUUUUUUGGAAGUGGGGGCUAGUGGGAAAAGGGGAGGAAAUUCCAUUUUUUCCUGUUUUUAGAAGCUAAAGAAAAUAAUUAUGCUUCCUGUGAGUUGUCUUUUACUUGCAUACCCUCCCCCGCUUUGAUGUUGGUAAAUGUGGUGUAUUAUAUGGGGCCUCCAUAUUUCAAACUGGAAUUUCUCUUCUCUGAAGGUGGUGUGUGCUGUUGUUGGAGCUACUAGAGCUUUGGUCAGUAUUUCCUUCUCUGUAUGCCACAGAGUGUGCAGAGGACCUCAAAAUACAAAAAUUAGCAGGUCCUCCCAGUCACCUUUCUGCUUGGGACCCACACCCCUCCCCCCACACACACAGUAUUAAAUUUUUUUUUUUUUUUUUUUUUUUUUUUUUCCUGUAAGUCAUGCUUUUUUUCUGACCUUUCCACCCCUGUUCAAAAUGAUCUGCAAAAUUGUUCUUUCCUCAAGAAAAGAAUUCCUUUUGCUACUUCCUUAUUCCUCCCUUGCUGGUACUAAUGUUUUUGAUAAUAACUUGGUAGGAAAAAAAUGAACCUCCUAGAAGGAAGCCCUUCCCUCCAUUUCCGGGUGCCAACUGCUCAGCAGAUGCACUGCAAAAAAGGAAAAAGAAAAAAAGAAAAAAAUGGUAACUGUUAAUGUGCACACUGUUGGUUAUUUUUAAUAAGUCUCUUCCUACUAGAACAUUUUAUUUUCCUUGUUCACCAUACAAUCAUGUACUCUUUAACAGAAAUUGCUUUUAAGAAAAUCUGGAACUAUCUUUAAAGAAACUUUAUUAAUAAUCAUGUAUUUUUACUGAUCACACUUUGAAAUGCCUAAAAGACUUUAUUGUUUUAAUUAUCCAGAUGUACCUUUGUAAAAUAGCUCUUUUAUGAAUUAGUGGAUAAGGCUGUAUGUUUCUGGAACAAAAUAUUGGUCACCUAAAAACUUUCUGUUUUCUGGGGUCUGGGAAAAUAGAAAAUGAGAGUUGAAAUAUUAAAUACGCUUAAAGGAA